AUGCACAACACGGCCGGCGAACAGACGCAUUUGAACGGAACGCAGUCCGCACCCUCAUCCCCAUUGCGCCUCCUGAAGAGAAUCUGUUUGUGCGGCCGAAGAGAGACCAGUCAUAUGGAUUUGCACCAUUUACAGGAAGCACAUGAUCGACACAAAAAAGUGAGUCUAGCCAAAUUGAUUUUUUUUGUUGAUUUGAUUGACUUUCGAUCACGAAUUCCGCGGAAUUUGUUGAAAAUAUAUGAGAAUAGAAAAAUCUGAAAAAAUCAAACAAAAAAUGAUAAAAAAAAUUUUCUAGCAGACGAAAAAAAUCUAACAAAAUUACCCAACGUCUGUGAAAAUUUUCAUUUUCGAAAAAUUUUAUUUAAAUUUUGCAAAAAAAAUAAUAUAAAAAAGUUUCAACAACCUUGAUGCCUCUUAUGUUUCUUGUUUCUCCUUUGCCAUUUUUUUUUAUUUUUACGAUCAAGACCAGAGAAAUCUUUGGUGGGCAUUCUGUUGUUUCCCCCGAACGACUUGCAAGAUGGAUGAAACUAAUGACCCGUGAGGACAAAAAAAAACACAUCAUGAAUUCUCAGGUUCGCCCUGAAAAUGCAUUCGUUUCUUUGGGCCGAAGGGAAAAACUGUGGAACGGGGCUUGGAAUUUUGAGGACAAAGAAUAAAGCAUUUGUCUUACAAAGGAGCUCUUCAAAAAUAGUCACAUUUUGGCAAAAUUUUGCAGGCUGCUCUUUGGGUGAGCCACGGUUCAGUAUUUUAAAAUUUUAGUUGCCUAGAGGAGCGACUUUCGCGUAUAGACUCUUCCGUUCCAAUACGUAAACUGUUUAUAUUCUGUGGAAAUCUUGCACACCCCAUCAGUAAUUGUUCCUGAAAUUUGGACCAUUUUACAGUAGAAGGGAAGCGUUUGGAGCAUGGUGCUCAGAUUCAAUAUCAACCCCUGAAAAUUUUAGCAGGCGCUUUGCAGGGGAAGCCGGGAUGUUAAACAAUCUUUGCCGCCGGGAGAGUAGGCAAAACGCGGAGAACGGUCCAGGCUAAAAUUCUAGGUCGUUUCUGCAAAGCGCGAGCUUGCAUAUGUCAUUGAAAAAGGUAUUCAAAAUUUAUGCCAAAUUUCAUCAAGAUCUUCGCGUCGCUAUUAGGGUCGUCUCCAUGUUACUUACAGUUUUUCUGCACUAGCAAAAGGUCUAUGUAAGCUUGUGAAACUUUUUACAACUCUUUUGUAGUAUACGCCAAAUAACGCUUUUAAGGGCAACAACUAUAUAUAUAUUUAUUAUUUUGUUUAUCAAAGAGGAUACCUCCUUUAGUUUUCCACAAUUUUGAUCACAAGCUUCUUCAACAUUUUUUUGACCCCGUAGAUUUGCUUAAAUCACGUUCACGUUCAUUGCGAAUGCAGAUUACAUUAUAGCACAAAAAUAACCCUCUUCCAUUGGGGUUGGGACGAGAAAACAGGAAAUUAAGCUGGCCUUUGGUAGCAUAGUAAUUUUGUGGAUGAACUUUUCACGAUAUUUUCUCGUCUUUGGUCGAAAGACCGCAAAGACCGGCUAUUGUUUUUGUCUUCAGAGUUUUUGCCGAUUAUCUCGGGAAAUGCUCAAAGCACGAAGCUCAGAUUUUCGUACAAAUUGGCUGGAAAUUUUAUAAUAUUGUUUUGUUCUUAAACAGUGUAAAAUUCCCCGCUCGCAAUUUGCAGAAAUGGCCAAGAUUUCUGGGUUGGAGAGUUUGCUUCACCACAAAAUCGGUGGAUACGGGGGAUAUGGCAGGUGGGUACCCAUAAAAGGCUGUAGCAAGUGCCUACGAGGCCUGGAUGGUCGGCGGCUGUCGGCGAAGGCUCGGCGGAGACUUGGCGAAGAAUCUUUACUUUUUCCUAUUUUAGCCAUUACUAACGUUAGUUUUCUUUACCCUGAGCUAAUAUGACAUAUAAUAAAAAAAAUUGCGGCGAAAACGAAGUUCCGUAAGUUAUAAGCCAUCCUUGGACCCGUUCAAUCUUAUUAUUUCUGCUAACGAGGCCUACUCUUAUGGCCUUCUCCAUGCAUACAACAGCGAAUCGACGCGAUCCAUAGUAUCGUUGACCCCGACUGGCGCUGACCCCAAAAAAAUUUGCCGCUGCGACUUUUCUCUGCACGCUCUCCACACUUUACCUACUUUCUCAAGGGUAAAGGUAUAUAAAUUUCUCCGCAGAAAAACGCAAGCUAAAAGUUUCAGGACCAGGAUGUUUUCAAAAUAUAAAAGAGCUCUAAUUGUAAGCAUUGUACUUUAUGCACUUUCCUUACUAAACUUCCUUGAAUAUUCGUAAAAUAUGUCUACCCUAUUUGUUCAAGAAUCAAUUCGCUACAAGUUUAAUUCGGUUUGCGCGAAGGCUGCUUAGAUUUUCAACGGUCUUUGUCCCUUUAAUCGAAGUCUUGCUUCAAACACUGUAAAAAGCCUUUUGUGACCGAAAAUCUCGGUUGUUUCUGCAAAGCGCGUUUUAAAAAUUCCAGGCCUCUUGACCUUUCCCGUUGACCUCUCUAGCUUACUUUUUAAAUCUUUGUUUUCAACCGCAUUCCCGGGAAAAAGUGCAUUCCACAAACCUUAAAUGGUAGCCUCCGGUCCGCUUAUUCCGAGCAUGAACGCCCUUGUCUAACGAGUGUCUGGUGCAAGAUUUUAUGUCCUCUCCCAUCCGAGCCGACGCUAGAUGACCGGUUUCUAUGGGCACACCAACGGUGGGGGAGAUUAACACCGACACAGCAGAUGUUAUUUUCAUCCUCCUUGAAAUGUUUAUUAUACCUUGGCAUGUUCGUUUGCUCUCCGGACUCUUGAGGGCCGAGCUCUAAUCUUUUCAUCGUGUUUUACUGCACAGUUGCGGAUGCGAAGCGAGUGUUUUUGAGAAGGCUGAAAACUUGACCGGCUUCUCUGAAGAAGUUGAUCCAAUUUUGGCAGCCACGCAGAUAAGUUGUGAAAGCUCGCGCUGUCAGUCACAGCCGGGAUAUUACACGGUUUGGACGCCGAGAGAGUAUGCAAAAUGAGGAGGGAGUCAGAGUUGGAAACGAUUUUUGACCGUAUCUCUGCCAACGGAAAAAAAAUUUUUUUUGAGGGAAUGUUUCACUUCCCAGUAAAAACAAGGCUGAAACUUUUCUUGUGUUAACUCGCGAAAAAUCGUCAAUUUUUGAUCAACUUUUAAACUAAAAAUCUCAAUUUUUUCUGCAAAACGUGAGUUAGAAAUCUCGUGCAUGUUUUUCAAAUUGGUACUCUAAAUUUAUGCCAAGUUUCAUCAAAGAUCUGAGCCCCGCGCCCUGGACACUUCCCUUAUUAACCGACACUGAUUUUCGGUCUUUGCUAAAACUCAAAACAUCCAAUUUGGUGCUCCCUACAUCCAAUACAAACCAAAUCAAAAAGUAGGAAAGUAUUUUCUCCGCCGUACUACCAAACAAACCGGUUUGUUUAUGGCGAACGGUCUGGCAAUCCAAUUUAUUCUGAUUAUAUUAUCUAUCCGCGAUUUGCUUUUGAAAUUUCGCGGAAAAAAUUUAUUAUUUUUUUGUUUGCUCUGGCCACCCAGAAUCUGAGCCGUGUAGGGCGCAAGUAAUGUUUGGUCAAGUUCCUUAUGAUCUCAUGUCCUAUGCAGGCACGGCUUCAGAAGGCCGGAACGAGCUCUUCGGCGCAGUAGUGGUUUGCUUGGAAAUGCAAAAAUUAGAAACGCUGACUUUGGUUUACGAGCCGAAUUUUGGCUUAUUGGAAAAUGGUGGGCUUACACAUUUAUGUGACAAACCGGCCACAAUUUGAUUUGUACUGGCUCUUCCGGGAGAGACUGAUAACUCGUCCGAAAGGUAACUAGAGUGAUGAUCAAAUGUGCAGAAACGGCACAGGUUUUCAAGUCGAGCGUUAUCGAAAAUGUGCCACUUUUUUGCGAAUUUUGGCAUUUCAUGAGUGUUUCUGCCGUAGAAGGUAAUGUUUCCAUAAAAAGUCUAUUUUUUCCUCCCGGCAUUCAACGAAAAGUUUUUGUCUGGAUGUCCGCAGCUCGCCUUCUAUAGCUACCUACCCCCGGCUAACCGCGAAACAAAAAUUUUAGCAAUUGAUAUGUGACCUAUGCCCGACAUGCGCGCAAAAUUAAAAGCAAAAUUUUUCAAAAUCAGAAGAAGAAGCUGGUCUAGUUUUGGUAACAACAAUUGAGGGUUUUUUUCGGUAAGAAACCUCAGUUGUUUCUGCAAAGCGCAGGAAUUGCCAGGCCUCGUCUAAAUCUUAGCGGCGCACUUUACAUAUAACUAAAGAAGUAGCCAACUUCCCAAAUUCCAAAAUUUCCAUACACCUUCUAUAAUAAAAACAUGAACUUAAAAAUUCCUCCAUAAAUAUCUCCCGUUUGUCAAAAAAUGGAUGAUGCCGUUUUUAGAAUCCGUUUGCCCCCGUAUAUGUUUAGGGAAAACAUACAUUUUUAUAUCAAAUUCCGGGCCGACUUCAACAAAUGACAUGGGAAGUUAGGCGAGGGGAGUGUGGCCCCGUUCUUUUUUGGGGAAUUCGGGCCUUAUGGCCAGAAUCCGAAAGCAGCGAAAUCCGUUGUGAAUUCUUUAUGGGUCAAUAGGUUUGGACACUACUCGUUUGGGGUUCGGUCGCUUUGUUCGGUGUACGGAACAAUGUUGGAAAACGGAUCCUGCUACGUGCCAGAUUGGAAUAGUAGCAAUUUUUAGAGGUUUGAUCAUACCUUUGUUCAACGGAUCGAAAAUAGGGAUUUUUUUUGUUAUCAAGGGGUUGUUGUACUAUGGAGGUUUAUUUUGGUCUAAUAUUUUCCUGUAUGACUUUUAAAAUUUUUAACGUUGCCGUCGAGAGAGUACACGACACACGGAGAGCGGUUACAGAGAAAUUUUUUUUACCAUAUCUUUGCCAGUUUUGUGCAGAAAAUUUGAUUUUUGUUGUGGAGACACUACUUUACUGUAGAAGUAAAUACGAAACUUUUUGCAGCAAAAUUAACUAAAAAAAUUUUGCAUUUUUGCCAAAUUUCGACUUCAAAAUCUUGGUCGCACUUGGAGGAGAGACUAUCACAUCCCCUGACAGUCGAAGACUUCUUUUGUUUUUUGUCGUGUACCAAAGCUUUCUAAAACAUUGCUUUCAAGACGCCGGCUUAACUUAAAAAAAAUGAUUUUAUUUUCUUUUUUCCCCGAUCCAGCUUAUGAAAAAAGUGACGUGAAUUCCGAGCGAAACGCCUCUGGCACUUGCCCGACGCGUUCAAAGGUCAAUGUUUUCAAUUGGCCGCGAUAUUUUGAGCGCGUGAAACAUCUCAAAUUUCCAGAACAAACACUUCUGAUGUGUGUUUUUGGACUUUUGAGAAAUGCCACUGGCUCAGUUGAAAAAAUAUAACUCUAUUUUUUUGAUAUACAAUCAAACCUCCGUAGAACAAAUCGCCAGUGACCAACAAACUAAUUCGUUAUAGAAGGGUUGUGUUGCCCAGAGGUUCAUUUAGGCUUAAAAUUGACUCUGGAGUUGAUUGUUAUAGGUUGGUUUUUUUGUAGAGAGUUUUGACCGUACUUUCAUACGAUAACUUGCCUAAAAAAUAUUUUAAAUUCCCAAGAAUUCCCACCUUUUUUCUGCCAAAAAAACUCUUUUUAAAUUCCAUAGAAAAUAACAGUGCCUUAGGCCAUUUUAUUAUUUCUUCCCCUUUCAAAUUAGCAUAAUGACGUCAUUUGACUCAAAAACCCCUUCUUUUGCGCGCCUGCCUCUCCGUGCCAUGCCCUUUUUACAUUGUCUUAUUAGUUCGCUGCUAAAUUUAGAAAUGUCUUCUCGCGUUUUUUGCAGCGCAAUCGUUCGCUUUCACUCCAAUAGAUUAGAUUUUAUUGCUGGCAAACACAUUUGCGUUAUUAGGUCCGGCCAACGUCGACUUGGCGGUGGCGAUUAGGAGGUCGAUUGUAAAAAAAUGUCGCAAAAAGAUGUGUAAAUCUCGUCUUAUGUGACAAUAAAUACAUGUUUGUAGGGAAAGCCUCUUUUUCACGACAUUACUUGACGAGCAAUGGGCUCGACGUAAGUGGCUCGUAUUGUUGAAGAAACAUGGCUUAUACUUAGGUUAAACUUUCUAUGACAUAUGGGAGACUUGUCACUCGCGCUUUGCAGGGACGUUUAAGUCUAAAAUAGACGAGAAUUCAUUGCGUUUUUGAGGCCUACAAUAAGCUCGUAUAAGGCUCAGAUUUCGAGUUCGAUCAGGUUUUUAUCAAUUUUUGAAAGUUGUAAAACCCAAAUGCGAUCGUCAUAGCAGGUCUCCGCCAAGAAAUUUAUUGACAUUUUAUCACUUUGUGUACAUUUAUAAAUAUUCCGCCUGUUUCAAAGAUUUUUAUUCUCAUCGGUUCCUACACUUUUUUUUAAAUUCAUGGCCCAAGUUUCUUUUUUUUUGUGAAUGAAGGAGAAUUUGCCGCGGGAUUUUUGAUGCUUCCUGAACACAAAAUUGUGAGUGUUUUUGGUCAUUGGAUCAGACCCACAUAGACUUCCUUGUAUAAAGUACAGUCAAGCCACGGUACAUACAAUGAAUCGCUCGGGUCAAAGCAUGUUUUUCGUACAAGAUUAUGUAGCGCAGACAACAAUAGUGGACCUUUGUACGAGCUCCCAUAAAACGUAUCCUUUCUAUAACGAACAAUUUCAGAGGUCCCAAAAGUCGGUUUUAAUUCAAAAUGAAAAAUGAAAAUCAAAACCCUUGUACAACGGGUAAUUUUACGGGACCUUGUGAUUCGUUGUACAGAGGUUUGACUGUAGACUGCGCUCGUGUUUUGCAUUCAUUUCUUCGCGAAGGCUUCCUUUACCGGGCACCUGACUAACAACUUGCAUUCAAUUUUGACCUCUUCUCAGCAUGGCAAUGACGUGGAUCCGUCGCCUGUCACGAGAUCACUCGACAGAUCACAAUUUUGAAAAUGAAAAGGUCUCCAAGAAAAUGUCGAGUGUCUCCUUGGGCUACCCCUCAUAUCGACAUGGUCCUCCACCAUCCGCUUCGCGCUCUCGAGCCUUUCUGCAUGGGCUCUAUCAGGCGUCGAAGCGACGCCUGUCAUUGCCUGUAAAUGACGAGAUGGACAAGAAACCGGUGCUGGGAGCACGAUGGCCUUCGGCGGAGGUUAGAAAAAAAUUCUUGAAGACUCAAAAGCAGGAUUUUUUGAUUUCUUGGAUACACUCAAAAGUGUGAUAAAGGGCUAGGAGAUUAACUUCUUACCGAGGAGUUGCGUUGUACAGAGGUUAAUUUUCGCUUAUAAUUGAGAGUUGGGAGCUUGAGAAAAUGUUUGUUUAGACAGGUUUUUUUUUGAACUUACCGUAUUUUAAAAAGGUUCGAGAAUAUUAUAUAAAAAACAUUUUUUUUAUCUAAUUUUUCCUCAAAAAAUCGAUUUUUCUUUGGAUGAAACUUUUGUUUUUAAGAAUUGUCCUUAAUGUACAUAUUACUGGUUCUUAUCAGUAUUUUCUCCUCCAGUUUUCGCAGGAGAGUAAACUGCAGUGACGCACGUCCAGCUUCGAUUCUUUUGUUUCUCCCACUAAACAUUUGUUUUAAAUGUAAUCAAUCAAAAUGAGUUUUAACUUUGCCCCACUCAGUUUAUACUCUGUAAGUUUUCGAAGGGAAUCAUGUAUAAAAUGGGGGAGAACAAGAAAGAAAAAAUGGCUUCCAUUGGGAUAUGAACAUUUCAAUUUGAUUUUUUGCCUUGCCCUAGGGCCUUGUAUUGAGCCGUAGUGCCAAAAAUUGUUCCCAAAUUUUUGGCGCUAUAUUCGGCAUGAAUGAAUAAAUUUAUCCAAAAAAAAUCCCCGAAAAAGGGUUUUUUACUUUUCCAAAAUUGAAUUUCCCCUCCAUAGCAACCUAAUCGCCCCAUUCCAGAGAUUCGACAACGUGCGUUCGCCCAAAAAUUCCUCCGCAACGGACCUGACCAGACGCGUUACCGUGGUGGACAAGCCGGGCCAAGACAAGGCCCACUUCACCGGACUUCGCGGCCGCACCGCCAAAAAGUUGUCACGGAGAAUUGUAAGUCUGGGAUCCCAUUUUGGGAGUUUGUUUUUCGUUUUUAUUCCAGUGUCAAGUUUCUUUUUCUCAAAAAAAGGAUAUUUUUUGAAUUUGAAGCGAAAAAUUUGAUAUUCACUUGGUUUUAAUCAUUUUUUACGGUGGAAAAUAGAUGGAAAAUUUUUACAAUAUCUCUGGUUUUGUAAUAACUGUGUUUUAAUAAGAAAUUUUAAAAUUACUUAACCAAAAAAUUUUUAUUUUUUUUUUUUGUAAAAAUUUUAUUUUUUUUUAUUUUGCGCUUAACAAUUCUUACAGGAAGAAUUUUAAAAAAAUGUAAUUUUAAUAUAUUUUUUUGGCGCUACGACUUUUCGUGUCAGCGACAGUCCGGGUCGACGAUACUGUGGUUUGUCGUUGUAUGCAUCAGGGAGGCUAGGAGAAGGCCUAGUUAACAGAAAUAAGAAGAUUGAUCGGGUCCUAUAGCUUACUACUAUCUUGAUUUAUUUCACGUGUACUCACAUCAAUAAUAUCUAGAUAAUUUUUUGCAUCAAUUUUGGUCUUUUAUAUUUACGUUAAAAUAACUUAAGGUAAAGAAAACUAACGUUAGUAAUAGUUAGUUAGAAAAGGAUAAAAAAUCCUCUUUAAUACUUUCUUUGUCAAAUUAUCUGUUACACCUACAUAUAUAUAUAACAUUUUGUAUGUUGCUCAUAAACCAUUCCUCUCCAACAAAUUGUAUCCUCCUCUCCAACACCUGAACUCUACUCCUCGCUUUAUUUUUCCCCAUUUUCCAUUUUUACAGUGUUAUAAUUUAUCGUGACGUAAGUGUGAACGGAAGCAGACAACAUUUUUAUUUUUGAAUCCAUGCUCGGGACCUACAAUUGUGCUCCUUUUAUAUAGCAAUUUGAUGGGGAGGAGGAAAUUCAAAGGAUUUCGCUCCUUUGUCACGGAUUUGAAGACAUUAUUUUUUUUUGAGCUUCAAUUUGUUGGAACACUAUAUAAGGGAAGUAUCCCCAGUGCGACGCUCAGACUUUCUUUAGAUUUUCUCAGGCACAGGCCACAAAUUUUUUAAGGCAUAGGCCAUAGUUCGCGCUUUGCAGGGGCAGCGAGAUAUUCAUAUUUUUUGUCGACGGGAGAGUGCACGGAAUUCAGAGAUUGGCCAGACGGAAAAAACAAUUUUUUGGCCGUAUCUGUGCCAAUUUUGCGCUGGAAAAUUGAUUAUUAAAAAUCCCGUUUGGUCACCUUAUGUCCUACUUUUUUAUAACGUCUGCUCCUCAAAAAAUUAUUACUUCAGGUAUUAGCAAAAUUUUUAGUUUUUAUAUUAUUAGGGUGUCCCAUAAGUCUUGUGUAUUUUGGGGUCGUUGACUUGUGCGAAUUCCUGUGAGCUUUGUAACGCAUUACGAGAUAUGUUAGACAUACGGUUUUGAAGAUCAGGAAUUGCGCUUUUAAACCGUAUGUAGCAAGGCUGCAAAAAAUCCACCUGCUACCCGCACUACCCCAAUAUUGUACUAGACAUCAAAAAAAUUUUGCUUGCUGAUGUUAAAAUGGGUAUAUACUUUGGAAAAUCAGAUGUGUACGCCUAUUAAACAUGAAAAUAGGACGCACAAGAGCCCUAAAUGUUAUUUUAAUUCGCGCUGCAGCACGGGCGGGGGUACCUUGGUGGUGGUGUAAAUAACAUGAGAACUGCUGCACUCAUGCUUUUCAGACUCAAUUUUCCAAUAGUAGAAAGUGUUGGCUGUAGCUGCGUAUGGUAGCUAAUCUACUGUUGUUUGUGAACACAACGACAUAAUAAUCACCGCCUGUGUCACUUUUGUUGCUUGAAAUAAGCUUAAUUUAAAAAUUUCCUAAUUAUUUUAAAAAUUUACAGAAAAUUUUUUAAAUUGAGUGAUUUUUCAGCCCUCAGCACCUCUAUUCCAAAAUCCUCUUGCUAAAAUAAAACACAUAUGACACUGUUUAGAACACACUACACUACAAUGUUACUUGUAUCCAUACCGACUUUUUUGGUGUUGAGUAAAUGCAUCACAUUUUUUCAAAUUUUUUUGGGUUAGUGGUAAUUCAGAACAAGGCAGCCAGCGGAUUCAUAGUUAGGACGCAUGAACGUUAUGUUUUUUUCACUCUGGUAUCGGCGCGACCUGAGCAACCACCCUCAAAAAAUGUUAUACGCAAAAUUAUGUACAUCACAAUAUUCACCAUGGCGCCUAAUACAAGAAACCUGCAGGACAACGUCAUAAGAACAAAUUCAGAGGGGAAAACGGUUUAUUUAGAAACAGGGUACUUAGUAGAUGUGUUAAAAAAUGCAAUUGCAAAGGUGCAGCCCCAUUUAUCAAAAAACGGAAUGGUUUUCCCAGCCCUUCCCAGAAGUUGAUGAUAUUAAAGAAUUUCAAGUAUUUUCCCGAAGGGCAUGUUAUUAGUUAAAAUUUUUAUGCUGCUUAUAAGUGUAAGAGAUGGCGGUUUCAACAAUGCCAAACAUUAAGGGAUGCAUUCAUUUAGGCCUGCGAAACGAGACUUUAAUUCUCAAACCCAAAAAUACACAAGACUUAUGGGACACCCUAAUACUUAUACAGCUCUUUCUAUCUACUCCCAAUUUUUUUCAACUUUCCCGAUAUCCAUUGAAAUCUCGAGCCCCUUGAGGCUCACUGAUAACGACCUGAACCCCCGAGCUGGCCGAAAAGACAUUUUGAAUCGAAUUUUCUUCCCCUCCCGUCCUGGACUGAUCAUAAGUUAGACAGAAAGAUCGAAAAGAGCGGCGAGAAAAGAAAAGAAAAAUUGCGGAAAAACGGCCUUUCCCGAACUUUUAAUGCAGCUGCUUGGACCCGCUGGAAAUCGCGGAUCCAUUUUAUAUUAUCGUUGGGUCGAACUUUUCGUCCAUUUAGACAGACCGUCGGGCCAGACCAUAUUAUUUUAUAUCUGAUAAAAUGGAUCUUUCCAUGGGCAAUUUGAGUCAAUUUUGAUGAAAUUUUGUCGAUUUCUCUGAGACUGCUGAUAUGCAUGCAGCUCUUAUUUUCAUUUAUAACCUAUAAAUCGUCGCACAACGUAUUGAAAUUUUACAAAAAUAAAGAAAUUUGCGAUUUAUCAUCAAUUUUCCGUUGUUUUUCCUAAAAAAUAUUUAUGCUCAGGAAUUUCUAAAGAUUUCAUAUGGUAAAGUGACUCAUAGGAUUUCUAAUGCUCUGAACAUCCUUGUAGAAGCUUCAAUACAAUCAAUUUUUUUUUAUUACCCAAAACUGAAACUUUUGGACAUAUUACGAAUAUUUCGCAAAAAAUUUAAACUUUAGAUGUAAAAUGCGAGUUUUUUUCUAUUAUUUUUGAGGUUAGCAUGUCUUCGACUGUCUUCUUACUAUAAUCUAGACAUAUGCCCUAAGGCACUUUGCCGUUUAAAGCAUUUAUUUCUUGAAAUUUUUUACUUUUUCCGCAGUGUUUGUUAAAAAAAAGCGAAAUUUUAAUUUUUUAUGGGCUUCUUAGUGUAAUAAAAAGCCGGAAUAUGACUCAUAAGUUGUUUAGUGAAUAAAAAAAUAUUUGAAAAAAAUAGAAGACAUCCGUCUCUUAGGUUCAGUUCAUCAUCUAAAAUUAGCUAAAUCUAAAAACGAUUUUUUUCCGGAAAUCGGAAUUUUUUGAUAUAAAAAACCCAAAUUUGCAUUUUUUAAAAACGUGCUUUAAGUGGAAGUGGUUUAAAAACCACUUCCAGAACCCUUGCUUUAUAUUUUUCGAGUUUUUUUUGCAUUUUACCACAAAUCAUAAUCCCGUAUUCUAUCACAGCUUGAGGUGAUUGCCCUUCUUUUUCCUUUCUUUAACUUGUUUAACCAGUUUCCUGUUGUCCAGAUUUCCGUUGGCCAAAGGGGUCGGGUGUAAACCGAUGUCAGAAGAGAGUUGCUUUCCCUUUUUUUUUGAACAUCCGUUCCUGAAAUGCGGAAAAAAUCUCGUCUGUUUAUUGUGUCCUUGCAAUUUUUCAACAUAGCUGAGCAGAGGCUAAAAUAUAACUUUAGGGGAAUUUUUUUGCUGAAAGACGCUUAAAAAGUCAGAAAAUCUCAUUUUCUUUCUGCUUUUUUUUGUUCAUUGCUGUGGAGUGUUACUAAUUUCAUCCAUUCAAUCGCCUGUCCAAAACAAAAAUUGUCUAGCCUUGAAAUUGCAAUUUCGCGGAUUAAACAUUACUGAAAAGAACGCUGACGCAAUCCGGAACGUUUCCUUGCCUUAGGCGUUUUCAUGAGAACAAGCUGAAGAUCCCGACGGUAGUUUUUGUUUUCAUUUUGCCCAUUUCGUAGUCUUAAAACGUCGGAAAUUUAAAAUCGCGGAAGAUGUCUUUUUUGUGGCCCUCUGUCUUCAUUCUCCAUUGUGUCUAACACUGCGAAAAUUUUUGCAGUGCCUGAAAAGUGCGACCUAAGAUUUACGAGAAUUGAUGGGGUCUUAGACAGAUCGUAUCGCCGGAAAUUGAAGAAAAACAAAGGCCCAGAACCAGAGAACUCCCAAAGAUGGCAAAAAUUUGUUUUCAAGAUACGAUACUCGUUCCCAACGCUCUGCCAUGCCAAAAAAAGUGUUUUUCUUUAACGUUUGUUUGAUCUUCAACACCUCACGACCUCCUAGCAUUCCUUAGCACCCACUUUUUUCAAUCAGGAAAUUCUAGACACGCCAGUGACGCCAUCCCAUCCAUCAUGCAGGGGAAAGUUUAAUUUUCCUUCAAGAAAUCUUUUCAUUUUUUCUAUCACCUCGAAACCCGAUUUUUACCUUGGUUGGGGCUUCGACAUUUCCCCCCAUUGCCUCCUAAUUCCUGCCCCUUGUUCCAUUUACUCUCAAAUUUCAACCUGGUAAGAGUAGCGGCGGUUUCUCCAAUUAAAUCAAUUGCGCAGCCUGCUCCGCUGCGCUUCUUAACACCCGAAACCAAUGGUCCAUGCCAUCAAAAUGAAGAAAAAACUGGAGCGAGGAUGGGAAUUACUUUGGGAGCCUCUGGCCUUUCCCAUCUCCGGGUUUUCUCCCCUCCUCUCCUGCUUGCGAUGCGGGCCCGACUUGCGGGGAGAUUCGGCCGCUGAAAUGAUUGAAAUGUUUUCGGGAAGACAUCACACUUCUUGGGGGGUUUAUAUCUUCGUCUUCUCCCCCCAAAUUCUGAUUCCGAAUGACGAGAAAAAGAAGCCGAACCGUCUUUUUCGUAUCAAUUUGGGUGGGUUGAAUCGAUUAAGGGGCAUCGAUGAGAACUGGAGUUAUGCGUGUGUUUUUAGGGGGGUCUGGUGUUUCUCGAGUUUUUUCUUCGGUUUCUUCCAACUAAGCGCUCCUGGUGGCUUCUCAGGAAUUUUUUGAAGCGUCUGAUAGCUUUGUGUGGCUAAAGACGACUGGUUGUUUAAUUUCUAAUGGGUUUUAUUGCGAUUCCUUAAUUUCUGAAAUGGGUGACAAAAAACUGUUUGAUUAUAUCGGUCUGUCGGGAAAAUAAUGAGCACAAUGUCACUGCGCCGAUCGCGUCGCUGAAUUGAAAAGCAAUUUGAUUUUGUCACGACACAGUUGAUUUUCUCGGCAGUGAUACGAUUUUCGAUGCGACAGAGUGCUCAUUAUCUUCCCGACACUCUGAUAGCAAGCCUACGGAGACGUCUACAGACAUUACAAUUAAUGCUGCGAUAUAUUCUACAGUCAGAUUCUUUUGUCUGAGUUUGUUUUGUAUCGUUUAGCCGCGAGUCAACACAUAAGCUUUCUUCAUUUGUUUUGUACAUAGUACGCGGGUUAUGGCUUGUUGACAUAACAGACCGUAGGGAGCUCCAGAAUUUACAAUUUCGUUGAUUGCUUUAGUUCAUGGGGGCGUAACGACAAUGCGGAAUAUAUUUCAUUGGUCGAGAGCUUGUGUAAAUAGCUUUGAGAGAGCGCAUUCCGGAAGUUAUUGUACCGUUACACACUUUGUGCGAGCUUUUGCACGCUGUAUAGUUUAUACGGUGACUUAUCGGCUUUCAGCUGGCCUUAGCUGGCCUACCGAAAAAACUGAAUCCAUAUUGUGGCGUCUAAGCCUAAAGAACCUUUUAUAGUCUUAGACUUCCAUACUGUCCUAGGGGGAGCCCCUAGUUACAUUACCAGAUUCCGAAGCUCCCAAGAUCUCCUGUCACCCCACUUCUCCUCGCCAUCCCGAUCCUUGAACGCUCGCUUCCAAACUUAACGCAAAAAUUGAAGGAAACUUUUUGAUUUGACCACCUUUUGUUUGUUCCCAUUUCUCCAAGCGGGCUUUUGUCGUAAAGCGACCGAUAUAUGAGAAGUAAAUAGAACGGGGGCAAAGGGAAGAUGAGCCGGAUUGUUUCGGAGCGAAGGGAAAGCCUCUAUGGCCUUGGGGCAAUGAAAUUAGAACGGAGAAAAAUUGCAAAUCUUUUUUGGUCUUUUUGUUACAAACCUUGAUUAAUCGCGGACUUAAAGCUUCCAUUUUUCACAUUAAAGACCUUCGGAAGUAAAACCGCUGCAAAGUUUUGUUGUAAAAACUGGAAAGAACGUCCUCGUUCCAAUGUGUUCGCGUUUGUUGUCCGUUGCGGUGUGCUUACAACUCAAAGUUUCAGGGGUUUCCGGGAGUGUGUGCUGUUUCCUGUCCAACUACUGCACUCUCCGUUGUCUAUUGGUACUAUCUGUCCUCGUAGUCUCCGAAUUUCGGUCGAUUUUUUCUCUGGAAUUAUUGACUUUUGGCCUUUGACUGCCGCCGCGUGUUUCGAUUCAUCGUGGGAUUGCGCGCGUUGAAAGCUGGAUCAGCGACGGCGUAACCGUCCGUUUAGCCGCUCUUUACGCGACACGCACAAGGAUUCAGCGCGAAGCCGAGAGCGGCGCAAGUCCGACGCCUCCCAACGUCGUCAGCCUCCGUCCGCCCCAUUCUUCGUUCCCGGCUCCUCGUCGGUGAAGUUGGCUGAUUCGUUGAGCUUCUGCUUUCAACGAGCACUUUGCGGGCAGCCGGCGGACAAGUACGUGCCACCCCGAAGCUCCGCAUAUCAUCAGCCCGUCUUCUACCCGGGCCAGGACGGAUUCUUGGCCGAGAAGGUCCAACUAAGAGGCGGAGUUGAGCGACUGCGUCGUCAGCGCAGCAAUUCGACCUCAACCAGCUCGUCCAGCUUCAACAGUGAACAGCCGGCCCAUCAGAAGAGCACUGUCUCGCAACUGGUCGCUUUUGUGCGGAAACGACCGGUCAUGAAGCACAGUGAAGCCGCCGCUUCCACCUCCAAUGGCUCCGACAAGAACGGCUCCGUCAACGAUAACGGCGAUUUUGAGUUCCGGCUGUCGAGUGCGUUGGCUCAAGCCAGUCUGAAUAAUAAGGCUCAGAAUCAACAGAAUUUGAAUCAGAACGCGCAGAUGCGGUCGAAAAGCCCUGGGACGAUCAUCAAUCGGUUUACGAAUUUCGCGAGGACCAAGUAUCGGAAUAGCAUGCAUGAGAAGACGGCUAACAGUGUGCAGCAGGAUACUGUUAGAAGGGUAAAAAUUGAAUUUUUAAUUUCAAAAAUUGAUGGGCACAAAUUGACACUGGCAUAAAAAAUGGGUUUUCUGUGAUUCUGACAAAUCAUAAUUUGGAAUGUAAUUAUCGAGCUUUCAGGAUGUCAACAGAGAACUUCAACGUGUCAAGGAUGAGCAGGCCACCAGAGUCGAUCUCAACUCCUCGGAUGUAAGUUUAAAGUUCUAGGAGCGGUUGUUAUUUCACAGUGAACUAAAAUGUGGUUCACGUAUGAUAAAUUUUUGGCAAAAAUCCUUUGAGUUCUUCGCAAGGCUUCCAUACCUUUUUACGUAAUUUCAAACAUAUUGAACCUGGAAGUUUUGAACCGCAAAAUCGGACGAGUUUUAGGUUGUUUUGACGUCAAAAUUUUUGUGAUAGUCUUAAAUUGCAAGCCAAGCGUUUAUAAAUGUCUUCGAAAACAUCAGAAUUGGAAGUCUCCUUCAAGCUCUCCUUUUUCAGACCAUAAACAGACACUACAUGAUUUUACUCUUUCCAGAUCACAGUAAUCCCUCCCAUGAUCAAAGAUCUGACCCAAAUCACAGAGUUGUUCUUGUAUAAGAACAAACUUUGCACUUUGCCCCCUGAGAUUGGAUGCUUGACGAAUUUACGGAUUCUCGGGUUGAGCGAAAACAAUUUGUCAUCGUUGCCGGAUUCGAUCAGCUCGCUGAAAAAGUUGGAAACCUUGGAUUUGCGGCACAAUAAAUUAACGGAGGUGAGUUUUUUAUUUUAUCUUUCUGAAAAUUAGGGAAGUUGUGUUUUUGGAUAGAUGACGAAUUUUUUGACAUUUUGUCUACAUAGUAUUGAUUUUUUUAUAUUUCACAAUUUUGGUCAAAAUCACAAAAAUCUAGUGUUACACGACUGGUAACCACUUUUAGGAGCGAAAAAGUUUUUGACAUUUAGUCCACAUCAUUUCCAUUUUUCAAUUUUACUCAUUUUCUCUGAAAAAACCAAAAAAUAACUCAUAAUAAGUUGCGUUCCUUUCAGAAAAUCCCCGAAGUCAUCUUCCAAAUGGAGAAUCUGGAGACGUUAUGGCUCCGCUACAACAAGAUCUCACACAUAUCACCAGAGAUUGGCCGAAUGAGAAAGUUGAAAAUGGUCGACCUACGGGAGAACAAAAUCACUUCUUUGCCAGUGGAAAUUGGCGCACUAGAAGCGUUGUCUAUUCUACUUUUAUCCGCCAACCAUUUGAAGUCAUUGCCCGAGGGUAAGCAAGGAGUUUUUUGUGUUAUUGGGGGUUUAGAAGGGAAUUUGCGAGAUCUUUGGCCGUUUUCAGUUGUAAAAUGCAAAAAUAUCCUCCCUCGUCAAAAAAUCUCAAUUUUUCGAAUCUUGAGGUUUGUUUGCUGUAUUUCAACCAAAAAAAUUAAAAUUUGUUCUUCUUCCAGAAAUCGGAAACCUCUCGCAACUAACGCAGCUCGACCUUCAACACAACGAACUUCAAACCCUGCCCGCUUCAAUGGGAAAGCUCUCCGGUUUGAAGCGUCUGGCCAUCCGUUACAAUCAACUUUCCUCCCUACCUGCAUCCUUGGCCAAGUGCACCGAGCUCACGGAGUUCAUUGUUGAAAGUAAUAAGCUCAGUGGACUUCCUGAGGGCUUGCUGGUCUCGUUGAAUCAGUUGAAGACGAUCAAUUUGAGCAGGAAUCAGCUGAAUGCCUUCCCGCAAGGAGGCCCAAAUCAAUUCGAAAGUGCUAUUGUAAGUGCAAUUUUUUGCCCAAGUGUGACGCUGAGAUUUUGUCUAAAGUUUUGUGCCUGAAAACCUCCACUCCUUCCGAGGAAUCUCACAUAUGCCAUUAGAAAAAUUUAUCCUAAACUUGUGCCGCAUCCCAUCACUAUCUGAGCGCCCUAUUCUUUCCUUAUUUAUUCCGAUUUUCAUCUUUCAAAACAACACCUUUCCAGACAGUCAACAUGGAGCACAACUCGAUAUCGCUGAUUCCAUUCGGAAUCUUCUCCAAAGCCAACGGACUAACGAAGCUGAAUUUCAAGGAAAACCAGCUCACGUCGUUGCCAUUGGACUUUGGCACAUGGACCUCGCUAACCGAGCUCAACGUCAGCAACAACGAUCUUAUCGAACUGCCCUCUGAUAUCGACAAAUUGGUCAACCUGGAAGUCUUAGUGCUGAGUACAAAUCGCUUGCGGAAGUUGCCAUCGCAGAUUGGGAGCUUGCGGAAAUUAAGAGAGUUGGAUUUGGAGGAAAACGAGCUGGAGUGCAUCCCCAGCGACAUUGGAUUUUUAAUGUCGCUGACGAAGUUGUGGAUCCAGUCGAACAAGUUGACAAGUCUACCGCGAACAAUCGGGUAAGAGCAUGGGUGAAAAAUUAUUUAAAAAUACGGUUAAUCAGCAGUUUCCAGCCUAAAAGAAGCCCGUGAAAACAUGACCCCGAAUUUGCAUUUCGAUCUGUCGGGAAAAUAAUGAGCACCCUGUCGUAGCGAAAGUCGCAUCGCCGUCGAGAAAAUGAAUUGCCCCGCGGCAAAAAUCCAAUUUCUGUACACUUCAGCGAUGUAAUCGGCGCAGCGACAUUGUGCUCAUUAUUUUCCCGACACUCUAAAAAGACUAUUUUUUGGAUGAUAAAAUAUUUUUCAGGUCUUCCGUUAUUUAUUUAUUAUCAUUUUCAGGAACCUCCUCAACUUGACGGAUCUCCGCGUCGGCGAGAACAUGCUCAGCUUCAUUCCAGAAGAGAUCGGUAAGUCUAGCCCGUAUCAAACCCAUUUCUUCGAUUUUUAGGCCAUUUGGAGAAUCUCAAAUCCCUCUACCUGAACGACAACCCCGGUCUGCAUUCGUUGCCAUUCGAGUUGGCGUUGUGCUGCUCCUUGGAGAUCAUGUCCAUCGAGAGAUGUCCACUGUCACAAAUACCUCAGGAUAUAACCGAAGGCGGGCCCUCGCUUGUUAUACAAGUAAGUGCUUUUCAAUUUUUGAAAAUUUUAGCAUGCGAUUUACGGAGGCGUCGAGGUAUUCAACUGUCUUUUAUCGCCGAGAGAAUAGGCAAUAUUCGGAGACUGGUCAGACAAAAAACCACUUUUUAGCCAUAUCUUUGGAAAUUUUGGGCGGAAAAAAUUGAUUUUAUCAAAAAAAAUCAUAAUUCUCAUCAGAAUUUAAGCACCGAACUUUGAGUAUCUCAGCUGCCAAUAACCUUUGCUAAUCAAACCUUUUUCAGUACUUGAAAAUGCAAGGUCCCUACCGUGGGAUCCUAAUGUAA